UUUUUAUGCUCGGUUAAAACUCUUUCAAACAGAGAAGAAAGUCUGGUUCAGCAAAUCUUUCCUGAUCAGCUUUAGUAUAAUUACCCCCAACAUCGUCAUGCAGAGUAAAAGCUGCCAUCAAGUGGUUCAGCUUGUCACCUCUAUCAUCACUCCAACCUCAAAAACUCAAAAAGUACGUUUCAUCAAGUUCGCAAGUAUGCCUCGCUAUCUUCUGAAAUGAAUCCGGUUUUGACCUUGUAACUAUGUUAUUCUCCAACUUUUCCUUGAAGGGCCUGUUUCUUUACCUGUAGCUGCUUCGUGUAAGCAAUGAUGGCUAUUUCCUUUCUCGUAUAAUCUAGUUGAUAUAAUUAAUUCCCAACUACCUAACUUGGCAUCAACACUUGUUUGGCAUCCUUUAUUUUCUCAAACUGUGCUGCUGUUGUUCUUCGUACUUAAUCCUUCAUUUCCUUUGCCGGAGUAUUCAUUGGUUUUGUUGCUGGUAGCUAGUUCAACUGCUUUCACUAAUACUAGAAGGGUACCCUUCUGUUAUCUCUUUAUGUAAGAUUUAGUGCAGUUUUUUAAUUCUCCAAGUGGCUCUCUUGAUUUUCUUUGGUUUAACUCUCGCCCAUCCGGGUUAUUAGUUGUAUACAUUUUUCCUGUCAAUCUUACGUCUAGUUAUGUUUGUUCUAUCUUUAUUCUGGUCCAGCUCUUUUGCAUAGAACUCGGGAAAGUCUUUUUCAUAAUGCCGUCUGAGUGAUUUCAUCUUUUCGUUCCUUCUAGUUCUGCUCUGCUCAAUUGACUUUUGGUUAAGCUCACAUAGCAGUUAUUGGUCUUUAUUAUCGCAUUCCACCAUUCUCUAGUUUCUCGUCUUCCCAAUGCCUCCAACAUAUUUUCCUCUUCGGUGGGAGAGCACCGGAGAUCAAUGGUGGUAUGCUUCUCCCAUUGAUUGGGCAGCGGCUAAUGGCCACUAUGACUUGGUCCGGGAGCUGCUUCGUAUUGAUAGCAAUCACCUUAUCAAGCUGUCCUCUUUACGACGUAUUCGAAGGCUUGAAACAGUCUGGGAUGGUGAAGAGAAGUUCGAUGAUGUUGCCAAGUGCCGUUCUCAGGUUGCAAGAAAGCUUUUUGUCGAGUGUGAAUCCAAGAGAGGGAAAAACUCUCUCAUCCUAGCUGGCUAUGGCGGAUGGCUUGUGUACACUGCUGCCUCCGCAGGAGACUUGGGUUUUGUUCAAGAACUUCUUGAAAGGAAUCCUCUGCUUGUUUUUGGGGAAGGAGAAUAUGGUGUUACUGAUAUGUUUUAUGCAGCAGCCAGGAGUAAGAGUUCUGAGGUUUUCAGGCUCCUUUUUGAUUUUGCAGUCUCCCCCAGGUUUUUAACCGGGAAAGGUGGAGAACUGACAGAGCACGUUGGGGAGAUCCCUUCUGUUUACAAGUGGGAGAUGAUAAACAGGGCUGUUCAUGCUGCUGCUAGGGGAGGAAAUUUGAAGAUUCUCAAGGACCUUCUUGCUGAUUGCUCCGAUAUUUUUUCUUACAGAGAUGUUCAGGGCUCAACUAUCCUACAUGCUGCGGCUGGCAAAGGGCAGGUUGAGGUAGUUAACUAUCUGAUAGCAUCCUUUGAUAUUGUAAACUCCACUGAUCAUCAGGGCAAUACAGCAUUGCAUGUGGCUGCUUACAGGGGCCAAUUAGCAGCUGUGGAAGCUCUGAUUUCUGCAUCUCCUUCGUCCAUCUCUCUGAAAAACAGCUCUGGAGAAACUUUUCUCCACAGGGCCGUGUCCGGUUUCCAGACAUCUGCUUUUCGAAGGCUAGACCGACAAAUUGAGCUCAUGAAGAAUCUGGUAUGUGGGAAGCUUUUCACCAUGGAGGAUGUCAUCAAUGCCCAAAACAAUGAUGAAAGGACUGCUCUUCACAUGGCCAUCAUCGGGAACGUUCACUCUGACCUUGUGAAACUUCUGAUGACUGCUCGAUCAAUCAAUGUGAAUGUCCGGGAUGUAGAUGGGUUGACCCCACUUGAUUACCUCAGGCAACGGCCGCGUUCCGCGUCGUCGGAUAUACUAAUUAGACAGCUAAUUUCAGCUGGGGCAAUAUUUGGCAGUCAGGAUUAUACUGCAAGAAGAGCCAUUGCUUCCCGCAUAAAGAUGCAAGGCAUUGGUGGCAGUCCUGGAACUUUGUUUAGAAUCUCCGACGCAGAAAUAUUCUUGCAUACCGGCAUCGAGAACGCAUUAGAUGCAAAUGCUGAGCAGGGUAGUGUAGCCAUGAGUUCAUCACCACUGGAACGAAGUCCAGAUACCACAACCAAUGAGAACAAUAGCUCACAACCCAGCAAGAAACCAGGUUCUGUGAAUACCGCAGCACAAAGAUUGAAAUCUGCGCUUUUAUGGCCCAGGGCGAGAGACAAGAAACCUGAGAUAUUCAAAAAACAGAGUGAUGCAGGUUCAGUGAAACAACACAAGAAAUGCAACAGUUCGGACGAUACUCCUACUCCACUUCGACUGAGAUUUUCGAAGCCUUCAUCACUUCCUAACAACAAACGGACACUUGCUGUCAGAAGUAACCAAUCAAGUCCAACUGCCAAGAAAAGAUUUGCAUCAGGGCUCGUGCAUGGUGUCAUGCAGGCCAUGCCACAUAUUUCAGUGCCACGCCGCUCCCGUUCCAGCUCAUUUUCAAAAUCAUCACUUUCUUCACCUAAUUCAUCGGAUAAACAGAAAGGCAUUUUAUUUGAAGAAGAUGUGGCAGGACCGUCUUGCUCAAAUCAACCAUUUCAUGAUCAUGGAGCCCCAGAAUUGAUUAAACGAGGCUCCAAUCAUAGGAGAUCCAGGAGCCAGUAUUUCUGUUUCGGUACAUCAGGCGAAUCCGUGAAAGACCCAGUAAGCAGGCAGCAGCAAGGCCAGAGUUUCAAGUGUCCCGCUGUUUCAGUGGUUUGAUUAAUGAUAAAGAGGCCUCAAACAGAAAAUGCACUAACUUAGAAUAAGAAUCAGAUCAGUCCAGUCCUCUAGCUGGUUCCUGAAGUUCAGAACUUUACAGCAUUUCCUGCAUUUGUUUCUUUGUAGCACGUUUGCUCGAUGAAUGUGUACUAAUUCUGCAAUCAUUCUUCAAUACUGUCUGCUUGAUCAUGUUUCAUGCUGUAUUGAGAGCUGAUUAGCAGAAUAAAAAAUUUUAUAAUUACUAUGUA